CGACCUUUAAAGCACCACCACAGUAAAUAAAACUAUGUAAGGAAAAAUGGAGGAAAAACAUUCGUCCAUUUUCUCCACCAAUAUUCCUUGCAGGAAUGAAAUGAUUCAUGGAAGGUGUCCUUACGUUGAUAAAGGAUGCAUCUUUCAACACAAAUCACAGAACAAUUUUCCAAGUGGGGAUUGGAAGUCUUUGAAUAAACCUGAACAAGCACCUCUUUCCUCAGUUGCUUCUUCCAGUCGACUCAGCGUCAAUUCCCCAUCUUUUACUCCGUCUUUGGUCAUCAAACCUACAGAUGUUCCUUCAAUAUCCAGUAGUCAAAGAGAAUUUACUCCAUUGACGAAAGCAAAAUCUUAUUCUUCUGCUUUGUCGUCCGGAAAAAACGGAGUAGCUACAAAUAGGAUGAAUAGUCCUCCUAAAACUAUUUCAUUGACGCCUUCAAGCUCUAGAGCUGCUGUAGGUUCCCCCGAGAAAUCAUUUUUAGCUCGUAACGCUGCACCUUUUUCACCGAAGGCCACCUCUUUGUCUCUUAAAAAUCGUUCCGCUAUGUCAUCGUACUCUUCUGUGAAUGCACCUUCGUUCUCGUCGGCUAAAGGGGCUGUCCCUGCAAUUUCCUCUCCAUCUCCUGGUUUAGUAUCCUUUUCUUCUUCAGUGCAGCCCAGAAAUUAUUUGAGUUCAUCUAUUAGUGGGUCAGAACCGGUUCAAGGCGUUGAAAUGGAUCGUCAUAUCGUAGCUAGAUUUCCACCUUUUCUUCAUACCAUGGAUGAUUCACAGAAGAAAAAACUCCAGACUUUCCUUGCAGAUGAUUUGCAAGGUUGGCUUUUGCAUCUUUCCAGAGAAUAUUUUCAUUUUUCCAGUCCGUCGAGAUUGCCAGCCCAUAUUUUCUCUUAUCACAGCUUGACCCCUCGGCGCACCAUAACUACUUCGCUUCCUGUAUUGGGUUAUUCAGUCGCUACUUACAAAGUAAUUGAUGGUGAUAAUGGGAAACCUUAUUUAUUUGUUCAAUUACAAAAGUUUCAUUUAUUACGUGAUAAAAAUAUCACGAACGUAGUACCAUGGACGAAAAUACAUUCUCCUCAUAUCAUGGAUAUAAGAGAGGCAUUUACAACUCAUGCUUUUAGGCAACCAUCAAUUGUGUUCGUAUACGAAUACUCUCCUUCAUGUCCCUCGCUUUAUGACUUGUUUUUCUCUUCUCCAGUAUUUCGUAAAAAAGCUGCAUCUUUUUAUUUCUCGAAGCCUCUGCUAAAUACUCAAAAAGUGCUUUGGAUAAUUGCUAGUCAAUUGGUUAGCGCUUUACACACCAUUCACUCUGCCGGUAUGGCAGCCAAAAUGAUUACAGCUAAAAACGUUUUAAUGGUGGGAAAACUACGAGUUGCAUUAUUUGGUCUAGGGAUUUAUGAUGUGAUUUUGGAUUAUUCAAACAAUUCCUUGGGAGAGUUACAGUUGGAAGACUGUCGAAAUCUUGGCCUUUUGCUUUUGUCUUUGGCUUGUGGCAUAGAAAAUAUAUCUAUUGCGACAGCAAGAGAUCAUAUCGCAAAUCUUGACUUUCGGGGUGAUUUUCAGUCCUCCUUUGUUGAACUGAUUAAGAGCUUAAUAUUGGAUGACGGGAUUCGAAUUGACCAUGUAUUACCAUCUGUUAUACCUUAUAUCAUUGAAAAUUAUGAGAAUAGUUCUCUAAUGCAAGAUGUUUAUCACUCUCGCUUAGCUGAGCAGGUAGAAAACGAUCGAUUGUUAAGAAUACUUUUAAAAUUCGAAUUCCUUGAUGAUCGGCCCGAGUUUCUUGAAGAUCCAGAUUGGUCACCAUGUGGACGUUUUUGGAUUAUUCGCUUGUUUAGGAAAUACAUGUUUCGUAUCAAGCAAUAUACCAAAGGCGAUGAGCAUCCAAUAAGAUCUCAAUUACUUGAUACAUCCAAAUUAACGGAAAGGAAUAUUGAUUUGUCUCACCUUGUACAAUGUUUAAACAAGCUGGAUGCCGGAACGGAGGAACGGAUACUUUUAGAAGACUCUUGCAACCGCAUAAUAGUCAGUUAUAAAGAUGUGAAAACAGCGAUUAAUACUGCGUUUAUGGAACUGGAAUAUCGUGUCUCUAAUAAUGUUAGUAUAAAAAAAUAAAAAUUUUUUAUGGAAAUCAUUCAUUCAAAAGAGCUUUCAAACUUUUGCAAGUUAACUAACCAG